AUGGACGGGUCCGCGGUGCGCGGGGACAGCUCGGAUGCGAUCGUGAUGGAGCACAUACCUCCUGGAGAGGGGGCGCGGGCAGCGGCACAGAGUGACCCCCCAACCAUCGCCCUGUGUCUCCCUGAGGAGCAUUCUGAGGAGGUGCUGCUCUCUGAAGGAGGCCUGUGUGACAGCUGCAGCAGCCUGGGCCGGCCAUCCUCCUCCUGCAAACUCUAUCACCAGGUGCCACAGUCACGUUUGGGGCCUUUCGACUCUCCUUCACCCAGACUGUGUCCUCGCUCUAGCCAGGCGCCUGGCACCUGCCACAGCUGUCCCAGAAGAGGAAAGCAUGGGUGUUCGCUGGAGGCUGUGCGAUUGAAGGAGGGUCAGAGUUUCAGCUCAGCUCAGUCCUUGUGUUCUGGAGCUGUCCGCUGUCACUGGCUCCACAGCUCAGCUGACAGUGCUCUACACAAACCCACACAGGCCCCGACUGUCAGGGAUGGAGGGCUGUCCUGGAUCAUCAAGAUAUAUGGUCAGCUGUUGGUUGAGCACCCGUUAGGUUUGCUGCUGGGUUGUGCUCUGCUCCUCUUGGCCUGUUCUGGAGCAGCAUUUCUGGUGGGACCUUUACCAGACUUCUCAAAUCCUCUAAUGGGCUUUCAGCCACGGGGGACGUACAUCAGUCUGCGUGAGUCCAGUCUGCAGCAGCUGCUGGAGAACACAGGGCCUGGCAGGACUCUGUCUCUGCUGCCACAGGCACUCAGUGCGAGAGCAGGAGGAUCUGUCAGCCAGAACAGCAGCAGAGCUCGAACGAGGAGGAUGUUGGCCAGACACUUCACUCCAGACCCCUUCCUCUGUGAUGCUCCAGGAGAACAUCUGGCCCAACUUGUGUUCAGAUCUGAAAAUGCAGCCAGUCUGUGGAACCUGAGGACCAUCCAGUCCAUGUGUGAGAUGGAGCAGUCCAGGAUCCGGUCCCAGGCCCAUUUUCAGGAUGUGUGCCAGCGGCCCCUCAGAAGCGGGCCCCAAGACGAAGGCCUGAGCAGCAACUGCUGUCCCAGCUGGUCCCUGGGGAACUACUUAUCUGUGCUCACAAAUGCCUCAAGCUGCCUUAGCCUCACUGCACAGCAGGUGUCGGAGUCACUCAGCCUGCUGCGUAAAUGUGCUCCGUACUAUCAUGAAGGACGUCUAACAAAGACCUGUGUGGACAGGCCCAAACACGGCACCUGUGCUUCUGUUCCGAGUCGAUGUAAACAGUCCAAUGUGGUGUUCCAGAUUCUACAUUUUCUGGUGGAUAAGGACUUUCUGGUGCUUGCUGCUGGGGGCACCUACAUGGCCUGUGUGGAGCCAGGCAUGAAGCUGCCAACUCUGGAGAGCAAAGUCACUCAACUGUUCCCCUCCAGUCAUCCAUUUGAGAGAUAUGAUGCAGAGUACCGCCACAUGUUUAUGUUUGAGCGCCAGAGAAAUGGGGAGGACAUGCCCCUGACCCUACAGUUAGUCUGGGGCGUCAAAGCCUCCGACAAUGGAGACUAUUUUAACCCACACAGCAACAACUCAUUGGUCUUGGAUCCAGAGUUCAAUAUGAGCAGCCCUGAAUCCCAGUGCCUGAGUCUGCUGCUCGCAGAACGCUACAUCGAGGGCCAUCUGGCUCAUGCAGGGGGAGUGUACUUCCACACAGAUGGACGAAUCGCUGCCCUUGUUUUAGCAUUCAGAACCACUUACCUCUAUAGCUUUAAUUAUACCACCACCAGUGUCUAUUACAGACAAAUCCUUUCAUGGUUUACAAAAGAGAAAUCAGAUGCACCACAAGGCCUGGCCCGUGGGUGGUUUGUGAGCCAGCUCUCUCUGCUGGACCUGCAGCAGUCCCUGGGCUCAGAGACACUGCUGGUUUCAGGGUUUUCUGUGGCCCUGACCUUUGCCUCCCUCCUUACUGAAUCUCAUCUAACAGUCAACUCCUCAACUACUGGUAAUGGAGCUUUUGACAAAAACAGAGUGAGGAGGAGCCAGUACAAAGAUGAAGGGAGCUAUCUGUAUCCCAACCACCAUAAUCAGCAGAGACAGAAGCUCGACGUUGGCACUAGUCAAGGGCACGAGCAGUACGAGCUGCAACCUCUGGCCUAUCGACUCAGUGACAGCUUUGAGAACAGUACUUGCACCAGUAAAUUGUCCACCAGGCCUUCUGUCCUCUCAGAUGAGAUCCAGUUUUGUAGCAGAGAAGAUGUGUGCACUCAGCACCAUAAGAUGUGCACUACGUCUGUGGCCAUGCAAACAUCAUCGCCGUACAAAGAGUCCAGCAAACAACUGUGCACGGCUUGCAGAGGUCAGAGGUGUAGUGGGCUGAAACACCAGAGCAAUACGGCCUUUUCUUCAUCGUCCAGCAUCGAAGACAGCCAUAUUCUAAAUCCUACCUUAUGCAAAGAUAAGGCCAAAACCCAUGAAGCAUUGUGGGCCAUGUCGCAGAGCUCUGAAGAGGGCAUGGGAGACUCAAACAACACCAGUCUGAGCAUCGUGGAAGCAAAGGCGUCUACAUCACAGCAAAUAAUGAAAGAGGACCAGCAGCUGCAGCCUGGACACCUGAAUGAUAAAAGGGAUACUCUUCGCUUACCUUUGAAAGAAACGACCUAUGAGAGCGGGAACAGGAGCAGCAGUGAAGUGGUCAUUAUACCCAACAGUAAACCAGAUUUACCAGACGUGUGGAUCAAGAGACGUGGGGAGCAGGAGGAUAGCUGCUGA